GGUCUGCCCCGGUUAGUUCUAACGGCCCCCCACAGCUCUCAACUCACAGCUCACACAUCGAAACAGGACCACUACAUCGGCAUAGACGUCGGCACCGGCUCCGCCAGAGCCUGCAUCAUCGACACCACCGGCGACAUCAAAGCCCUCGCGUCAGAAAACAUCAAGCUCUGGCAGCCGGCCUCCUACGGCGGCACCCACUACGAGCAGUCCACAACCGACAUCUGGAACGCAAUCUGCCUCUGCGUCCGCUCCGUCCUCGCCAUCUCGUCCAUCCCCCCCACCUCCAUCCGUGGCAUCGGCUUCGACGCGACAUGCUCCCUCGCCGUCUUCACCCACGACACCGACGCCCCCGUCCCCGUCACCGGCCCUGACUUUACCAACGAUGGCAACGACAGGAAUGUGAUCCUCUGGCUUGACCACCGCCCUUUGGCCGAGGCGGAGGCCAUCAACGCUACUGGCCAUCCGCUCUUGAAAUAUGUCGGGGGGAAGAUGUCGGUGGAGAUGGAGAUCCCAAAGGUGUUGUGGCUGAAGAAUAACAUGCCCGAGGAGCUGUGGGAGAGGUGCAAGUUUUAUGACUUGGCGGAUGCGCUGACGCAUAUUGCUACGGGGGAGGAGACUAGGAGCUUCUGUAGCGCCGUGUGCAAGCAGGGGUUUGUGCCGGUGGGGGUGGAUGGGAGUGUGAAGGGUUGGCAGCAGGACUUUUUGGAAAAUAUUGGGCUGGGCGAUUUGGUGGAGAAUGAUUUUAGGAAGAUGGGAGGGGUGAAUGGGAGCGGUAACUUCCUCAGCGCAGGGGAGUUGGUUGGGGGGUUGUGUGAGAAGGCGGCGAAGGAACUGGGACUGCCGGCGGGGAUUGCGAUUGGGAGCGGUGUUAUUGAUGCGUAUGCUGGGUGGAUUGGGACGGUGGGUGCUAAGGUGAAGCUGUCCCGGGACCAUCUGGAUGAGUCGGCUGCUCCGAAUGAUGUCUCGCAGGCUUUUACACGACUGGCGUCCGUGGCGGGGACUUCGACUUGUCAUUUGGCUAUGUCGAGGGAGCCGGUUUUCGUGCCGGGAGUUUGGGGACCGUACAGAGAUGUGUUGAUUCCUGACUUUUGGAUGGCAGAAGGUGGGCAGUCGGCUACCGGGGAGCUGAUUAAGCACAUGCUGGAAACGCAUGCUGCUUAUGACGAGACGGUGAAGGAGGCGGAGGCGGCUGGGAAGAAUAUCUAUGAUUAUUUGAAUGACCAUCUUCGGCAUUUAAAGGAGGAGACAAAGGCGCCUUCGAUUUCGUAUUUGGGACGACACUUCUUUUUCUACGGAGAUCUUUGGGGAAACCGGUCGCCUAUUGCAGACCCUAACAUGAGGGGGGCGAUCAUUGGAAUGAGCAGUGACAAGAGCAAAGACGGGAUGGUGCUGCUUUACUACUCGACCAUGGAGUUCAUCGCCUUGCAGACACGGCAGAUUAUCGAGGCCAUGAACAAGGCGGGCCACAGCAUUCUCAGCAUUUUCAUGUCAGGGAGUCAGUGUCAAAAUGAGAUUCUGAUGGAUCUCAUCGCUACGGCUUGCGACAUGCCGGUGUUGAUUCCCCGAUAUGUCAAUGCUGCUGUGGUCCAUGGCGCGGCGAUGCUGGGUGCCAAGGCUGCCAGCGCGGACAAGGACGGAAAAACAGAGCCUUUGUGGGAUAUUAUGGACCGGAUGAGCAAGCCUGGAAAGGUGGUUUGGUCGAGCGGUGACCCGGCGGAGAAGAAGCUUCUGGAUACAAAGUAUGAGGUGUUCCUGGAUCAGUGCCGGACACAGCAGGAAUACAGAAAGAAGAUUGAUGAAGCUUUGAAGGGGUCGACGGGAAAGCUGGCAACAGGUGGUCUGUGCUUCCCAAAGAGCUCCAGCAGCACCUUGGCGGCUGGGUGGCUGGACCCACUCAUAUUUUCGCGCCGGCGUGUUGUCCAUCCAUUUCAGGUUCAGCCUUGUUUUGUGCAGCAACCGCCAAAGUCGCAAAAAAACAACAGAGCAAAAAGUCGGUGUUUUGCUUUCAACCGACAUCAACCAUCUGCCAUCGCGCAGCUCGGAACGCGUCUUGCUUAUCUUCGACAUACCGACUGCAAGAAAAAUAAGGUUUCGAACCACAUAAUGUUCAGCAACCUAGGGAAGGGCACGCCCCCGGUGCCGCUCUCGACUGGGAGCUUAGCAGCCGGCACCACAAACCCACCUGCUACAACGGCCGGUGGUUUGGGCUCACUCUUCUCCAAACCAGCUACGCCGACCACGACGACGACCGGCCUGUUCGGCAAUCCUAACCCAACCGCUGGAGCUACUUCGACGACACCCCAAAAAUCAUUGUUUGGCGGUACGACUACCACCACCACAUCUACCCCCCUGUUUGGCAGUACCACCACCACUGCUGCCCCGGCUGCCACCACAGCGACGACGGGCGGGGGUAUUUUUGGGAACACAUUGGGCGGGAGCACCACUCCUCAAACAUCCGUUCUCGGCGGUGGCUUUGGCGGUGGCUUUGGCGGUGGUCUAGGAACGACGCAGCAGCAGCAAUCGAACCUCGGCGGUAGUCUCGCGAGCAUCUUGGGCCCGACAACCCAACAGCCAGCCGGCGGGAUGAACACUGGCUUCGGCAACACCCUCGGCGGCGCGAGCGUCUUCCAAAACGCGGCAACGAACCCUCCUAGCCUGACGGGCUCGUUCUUCGACUCGUUGCUCUCGAAAAACAAGAGGCAAGCCAGCGGGGAGACGCCCCAGGGAGACCUCCCUUCCCUGCAGCUCAGUCUUAGUAGCCUGAGGCAGACGGUCAGGAAGCUCGCUCCCAAGGACGGGGAAGGGGGUCGCAAUCUUGAGCACGGGAAGGCUCAUUACUUUCUUGCUGCGUCGGGGGUUGAUCCGGGGGCGGCGGUGAGGGAUUUGAGCUCGUUGGGGUUUGCUGCUGCGGCGACGGCGACGACGAGGGACAGGAGUCCUUAUUCUGCUGGGGAGGUGGAUGUGGAGACGUAUCUGGAUAAUCUGCAGACAAAGACGACGUUGAGCAUGAUUGCGGAUGGGUUGGAGAGGAGCGUGAGGGACUUUGAUUUGUUUUUGGAGGACAAUGUUACCAUGGAGUGGGAAGCGCAGAGGAAGAGGAUCUACCAGCAUUUUGGGAUUAAGCCCAGAGAGGAGCAGGAGGGGGGUAUGGGAGAUUCGCAGAGGACGGUGAGGGGGGGGACGCCGGCUAAGGAGCAGGGUGCUGGUGGGUUUGGGAGGUCGAGGAGGAAGGGGAGCAUGGCGCCUGGCACUCCUGGUGGUGGGGAAAAGUCGAUGCGGCAGAGUAUGUUUGGGAGGUCGGCCAUGAACAAGUCUGUUAUUGGAACUCCCAGCCGGAUUGGUGCUCAUGCCCCCGAGUUCUCGGAUGUCGAGGCCAGGAAGGAGAAGAGCGAUCUCGAGGGGUUCACUUCUGUGGAUGAUCGCUUCUUGAGAGAGAAGCAGGGCAAGCUUGCGACCAAGAUCAAGGAGUUCAACGACUUGAGGCAGAGAGGCCUUCCAGUCGAGAUUUGCAAGGAGCUGGGCGACCUGGAGAACACUGCCGGAGAUCGGCAUGGGCCGCAUCUGGUGGAGGCCUAUGAUGCCCUGAGGGAGAUUGUGGGUGAAAACGACCCUGACAAUCUACCUCGGGAACGCCAGUUUGCCAGGUACUACUUGGACCCCAACCCAUCGUCUGCCAACUCUAUUGAGAUGCGCAAGCGGAUCUUGAAGGGCGCAAACACCUUCUUGGAGAAACAGUUUUGGGCUGGUGUCAACUCGUUCAUCACCAAACAUCCCCAUGAAGCGAACCUGGGUGGGCAGCCCGACGUCGUCAGCAAGGUCAAGGCUUACAUCCGCCUUCGCCUCAUUCGCAAGAGCCUGGUUCCAGACAACGUCGACCUUCAGCAAGCGAAUGGCGAGUACGUCUGGGCGAUCGUUUUCUACCUUCUCCGUGCUGGCUUUGUGAACGACGCCGCCAAGUAUGUCAACGAUCAUGAGAGCUUGUUCCGCAGCAUCGACCGAACUUUUAUGGGCUACAUCAACAGCUAUGCCUCCAGCGAAGACCGGAGACUUAAACGGUCGGUUCAGGAUCGCUGCACCAACGAGUACAACCAGAGAAUUCGCAAUGCCCCCGAGGGCUCCAUCGACCCCUUCCGCAUGGCUUGCUACAAGAUCAUCGGCCGCUGCGACGUCAACAACCGCAGUCUGGAUGGUCUUUCAGGAGACGUCAAUGACUGGGUCUGGCUCCAGUUCAACCUUGCUCGGGAGACUGACAGGUCACAGGAGCUUGCCGGGGAGUCUUAUGGCCUUGCUGAACUCCAGUCUAGCAUCCGGGAGAUCGGCCUCAAGCACUUCCCCAAGACUCCUGCGGAGGACACUACUGGCAGCUUUGCCAUGUUCUUCUACCUCCAGAUUCUGUCGGGCAUGUUUGAGAAUGCCAUUGCCUACCUCUACCCCUUCAGCUACGUCGAUGCCGUUCACUUUUCCAUUGCGCUCUCUUACUAUGGCCUCCUCCGUGCGGCUGAUGCUCAGUCUUCUGGCAAUGAUUUGCUUUCCCACAACACCCGCAACCAGCCUCAGAUCAACUUUGGCCGUAUGCUCGGGUACUACACACGCGACUUCCGCGCCGCUAAUGCCGCCGCCGCGGUUGACUACCUUGUCCUCAUCUGCCUGAACGCCGACGAGACCGCCGCCGGUCAGCAACAAGCCGCCCUCUGCCACGAAGCCCUCCGCGAGCUCGUUCUCGAGUCCCGUGAGUUCAGCCGCCUGAUCGGGGAUAUCAAACCCGAUGGCUCUCGCAUCAAGGGUCUCAUCGAGGAGCGCGGCAAGCUUAUUGCCCUUGGCCGCCACGACGACUUCAUCCGCAACAUCACGCAAGAAGCCGCUGCCUUUGCCAACGACAAUGGUCGCACCACUGACGCCGUUCUUCUUUAUCACCUGGCUCAGGAAUACAACCAGGUGGUUGAAAUUGUCAGCAGGGCCCUCAGCGAGGCUAUUUCUCUCGAGAUCGGCGAGGAACCCAUGCGUCUUGUGCCUGUCAUGGCUAGAGAGGAUGGCCAGGAGGAGGCAGCGGGGAGCCUGGCGGCGAUUGACGACCCGGUGGAGCUGGCGAAGAAGAUGAUGAAGAUGUAUGAGCAGGAGUACAUGUACUGGAACAAGAUUGGCCAUCAGAACCAGUACGCGUGCAAUCUCUUGUUGCAGAUUAGUGAUAUCAAGAAGCUUGUGGAGGAUCAGGAGUGGGCAAAAUGUCUCGAUAAAAUCGAAGCCCUCAACAUUUUGCCGCUUGAUGCAAAGGGCGAUCAGAGUCUUAUCCGCCAGUACUCUGCCUUGUUUGCCCAGCUGCCGCAGACGGUGGCGCAGAACGUGCCGAACCUGCUGAUGUGGGCGGUGGUGUGCUGCACCAAGCAGAGGGAGAGGCUGAUGUAUGGGCAGUUUACGGGGAAUGAGACGACGGCGAGGGAGUUGAUUGAUAAUAUGAAGCAGACGAGCGUUGACUUGACGGCGUAUACGAGCCAGCUGAGGUAUCGCUUGCCGAGUUCGCUACAUGAGAUGUUGGCGAGGGCUUCGGCUGAUUAA